ACGAAAAACGAUCAUCGAUGGAGAGCCCUUUGUUGACGACCAAGAGUGAGCACAACGUCGAUGACUUUACAAUCCAUGGCGAUUCGUCCUCAAAUGAAGAGCACAUCGUCGACGUUACAGCUCAUGGCGAUUCUUCAUCAGCUGAUGAGCAAACACCGCAUGAUAAGGGUGUUCAAUGCAGUGAUAUAUUUACAUUUAGAACUGUUCGGGUUUUAGUCGAGUUUGUUGUGGCUUUGGUCCAGAUUGCUGCAGCCAUUGCUGUCCUGUCUCUGACAAAAGAUGAACAACAGCCUUCACAAAAAACAUUACUUACACUGAUCGUCAGUUAUACCGGUUGUUGUGUUGCCUCCCUCCCUGUUCUAGGUUUGCGUUUCUCGCAUUAUUACCGAAGUGUUAGUUCAGAAACAAGAAUCUACACGGUGGUGGACAGUUUGAAAAAGAUGCUUGAAUAUUUCUUCGUGGGUUGGGCUGUGGUGCUUUCGUGGCAUCUCAUCAAUAACUCAUCAUCUCUAGAUAAUACUACGCAACAGUUCUGGUUAUGUAUGGCUUUCCUUGCUAUCAGUUGCAUUCUACAUGUGCUUCCUAACCUCCCCUGUGCGGCGGUUUGUUUUCUGUAUCCUAUGAUACUACGUGUUACCCAAUCUAUAGACUUCCUUGAUGACAUUACUGAUACGGUUGAUGAUAUUAACUGGACAAUCUUUCUAUACUUUGGAAUCUCUAUCUCCGUUAUCUUCUGCAUCUGCAGUUGUUGUUGUUGUUGUUUCCGACGCAGAUAAAAAAAUAAAGAU